AUGUGCAAGUCCGUCUGUGUAAUUGGCGGCGGGGCGUGCGGAUUGGCUACCGUGCGAGCGUUUCUUGAAGAAGGCGGGUUUGAGAAGGUUGUAGGGUUUGAACAACGGGCCUCGGUUGGCGGGAUCUGGAACUACAGCGAGCGCGCAGACCAGAACCUCAAUAUUCCGUCUGUGGACCCCCUGGCCGUGGUCAACCCCAUAAAAACAGCACAAUGCUACGUCUGGCCAAACGCAGUGUACGACGCGCUUGAGACAAACACGCCGUACCCGCUGAUGGAGUUCAGAGACCACAAGUUCCCCGAGACGACUCCACUUUUCCCUCACAGGUCCGCGGUCCUUGAUUACGUCAGCAGGUACGGCGAGGAUCUCAGGCAGCAUUACCGGUUCAACACAAGAGUUGUGGACGUGCGACACCGGCACAAGUGGCUAGUGCGCUCGCGAGCCGUGUGCGACGCCACAGAGGGUGGGCUAAAGGAGUCUGACGCCGUGCCCGACACAACGGAGGAGUACGAUGCGGUGAUGGUGGCCACCGGAGUCUACGACCUGCCCUUGAUCCCAGAGCUCACGGGGCUCAGGGAGUGGCACGAAAAGUUCCCCAACACGAUUCUCCACUCGAAAACGUUCCGCAGUCCUCGCGAACUGGCUGGCAUCGAGGGAAAUAUCCUGGUGAUUGGCAACUCUGCCUCGGGAAUUGAUAUCUGCUACCAAUUCGCGAGAUGCACGAGGAGAAAGAUAUACAAAAGCGCGCGCUCCGCGAGCCGCGUUCCUGGCGGGACGAGCGACCUGGUGAUUGAGAUGCCGGACAUCAGCCAUCUGGAGCCGCAGACGGCCUCUGUUUAUUUUGUUGACGGUCGAAGGCUGGACAACGUGGGAUGCAUAGUCUUCGCUACCGGAUUCCUGCGGUCGCUGCCAUUUUUUGCCGAGAUAAACACGUCCGACAAACCCCUCAUCACGGACGGAAACAGGAUCCACGGGCUGUAUCGGCACUGUUGGAGCUACGAGUAUCCGGGGCUGGCGUUUAUCGCGAUUUCCCGGUACGUGCUCCCGUUUCACGUUGCAGAGAUCCAGGGGACCUGGUUGGCUAAAAUCCUGCAGAAAAAAAUCGCGUUGCCGGCCUAUGUGGAGAUGGCCAGCCAGGAACGCCAAUUGCUGAGCUCGCGCGGCAGCCGGCCGAGUUUCCACGAUUUACUGUAUCCGGACGAUAUCGAGUACAUGAAUCUGCUCAUGGAGGACAUUAGAAUGGCAUCUGACGGCGGUUUCUUGCCCAAGGAAUGGACAGAGAUGGAAAUUGCGCUGAGAAGGAAUACCAAACUUCUCAAGGCGAGGUGUCUGCAACAUUUCGAGAGAACAGGCCAUCAUUUAACGCUUCGUGAUGCAUUGUCCAUGGAUAUUAUGGAGACGAGGCAGUGA